UCGUUCAUUAUUCAGAAACUCGUACUUGAUAAUUAUUGACUAUCAUUAUGCCGCCAAAGACCAGCGGAAAAGCCGUCAAGAAAUCCGGCAAGGCCCAGAAGAAUAUCACCAAGUCUGACAAGAAGGGACGCAAGAAGAAGAGGAAGGAAAGUUACGCCAUUUACAUCUACAAGGUGCUGAAACAAGUUCAUCCUGACACCGGUGUUUCCUCCAAAGCCAUGAGCAUCAUGAACAGCUUCGUCAAUGAUAUCUUCGAACGUAUCGCUGCUGAAGCUUCUAGACUCGCUCACUACAACAAGCGUUCCACUAUUACCUCCCGGGAAAUUCAAACCGCUGUCCGUCUUCUGUUGCCAGGUGAAUUGGCUAAACACGCCGUCAGUGAAGGAACCAAAGCCGUCACUAAGUACACCAGCUCCAAAUAAAUUCGUCAUUCAUGACUAUUACUAAACCAAACGGCCCUUUUCAGGG